UUCGAUAUUUUGUACUGAACAAGGACAUACAAUUUAAUUAUGGAAUCUGUUAAGUAUGUUGAGAGUCAUACACGGAGAUUGUACGGAUAUAUAGAGAAAAUGUCGCUAGAUAUUGGUGAUAAAUGUGACAAUUAUAUGGAUGACACAUCAGCAAGGAGAAAAUACUGGUGUGAAGUGCUCCUACGGUUACCCCUGUUGUUCAUUAUACAUCAGUGGUUACUACUCAGUCCAUAUUCUAACUACUGGAUUAUUGAUAUAGUUCUUUUCAUCGUAAGAUACGGAGUACAACGUGAUGGCACAGGACACGUGGUACAGGACUGAUCCGAAAUGCACGGAAUCGGGGAUAGUGAAACAAUUGCUCUUAUUUUGGCCGGGUCUUGGGCUUUCAACAGUGGAGUUCUUCUUCAAGCCUACAUUACUCUUACAUUUGACAUAACGAUGGCCUGGAUUAAAUACAUCGACUACUGGACAUACCAAGAUGAAGCUUAUGAAUUUUGUCAUGAUAAGAGCGUGCUGGUUUGGUCAGAUGUGACAGACAAUAUAAGGUUACCAUUGAUAUGCUCAAUUAUUCUGCAACUGAUAUAUCUUUGCACAAGACCAGGAGCAUUAAGUCAUAGAUGGAAGGACGAUGGUCCAUCAAUGCUAUAUAUUGGAUUACUGUCAACACUGGUUCCCAGAAUUUUGAGCACUCUUAGUAUAUUUCCUGCCUUUAUGUCAGAAUUGUCGUACUGGAUUGAUAUGUUUUUGCUGAUUGCAAUAACUAUUUUUGAAGUUGUCACACUGAUGGACAUAGAUGCAGCAGUUGACGUUAAGAAGCGUAUGUCCCUGCUCGUCAAGUAUGCACAAACAAAUGAAAUUGAAACAAAAAAUAAAUAUAAAUCAGCAAUUGCAGAUUUAAACCGUCGUAUAGAGAACCGAAAUCAAGGACAGAAUAUUAUAGCAAGUUUUCCAGGAAAAUGGUUUGUAAGAGAUUCCAUUUUGUUCUUUGGGAUUGCUUAUCUAGCAAUAAUGUUAUUAAUUGAGGUUACAGUCUAUCAAAGACUGAUAUUGUCGUUUAUGUCAUUAAACACUUACCUAGAAGUUCUUGCAAGAUGGUGCACUACGCAUGUUAUUGUACUUGUUAUUUCUUACGUCUUAGGUUUAUUGUCCAACGUUACUGUUGCCCUAGGUAACUGGUUCUUGACAACAGAAAUCAACCUCACUGAGGCCUUCGAUGCUAAUAUUGGUGGAGUUGUCCAAGUUGUUGCACUUAUUACAUUUACUGAAGCAAAUGUGCUGGCUUUGGAAGAUGAGGAAAAAGUUGAUGCUAUGGAGCUUAUAGCUUUUUUGACGAUGUAUGCUAUUAUAUUUCAAACACUUGAUGUUCUUGAGCAGAAACUUUUUCAAUCAGUUAAUAACGGAACUUCCCCUAGAGUAUUAUUCUACAUGCGUGCAAUUAUUCUUAGCGGGUUAAUUGUCACUAUUCCAUCUUUAUCUACUUUGGUUGUAUCUUGAAAUUUGAAUUUAAGUCCAUGGCUCCUAUUUUUUGCAUCCGGAAAUUCCACUUUAGUUGUUCGUAUAGUCACUUUAAUGUUAGAAUCUGUCUUAAUGAAAUGCACGUGGUAUACAUCAAAUCAUCUUAUUUAAAUCGAGGACUUUCUACAUUAUACUAGGGUUUGUAAAACAUUUGUCCUACUUUUAUUGAACUGUGCACAGUGCUAUUGUAGAUAUAUCUGUCCAUUUUUCAAAGGAUGGUGGUUUAUGCGUCUCUGCCUUGCGCUGUUCAGUUUGGUAGCAGUGGCUGGAAUCCUCGGAUUAAAUGAAUUUAACAGAUACAAAACUAGACAAAAAAUGUUUACACUUCUUAGAAACCUACAAGAUGUGGUAUUUUAUGCGGAAUCAAGUGACGCAGAAGACACGCAUGAGUGCGCCAUAUGUUACGUUGUAAUGACAAACGCAAAGAAAUUACCUUGUAAUCAUAUCUUUCAUUAUGAUUGCUUAAGGAAAUGGUUUCUAGUUAGAACUGUGUGUCCAUUGUGUAACACUGAAAUCAGGGAAGAGAAUAUCCAAGUGCAAGAAAGUCAAUAAUUAUAAAUAAUCACAAUAAUUUUGCAUCUUAUAUAUUUAACUUAAUUAUGAUAACUCAAUUUGGGCACCACUUUUACACUGUCAAAUAAAGUGAAAAGGUCUGAUUUUCUUUAAAGUGAAGGUUUAGUUUGUAAAUGUCUUGUACAUUAUACUUUGUAAAUAACUUGUUCAUUAAUAGUUUAUAAAUGUUAAGUUUGUAAAUGUUUUGUUAUCUCGGGUUGGUACUUAUUUUAUACUUAUGCGGUUUAAAAGAUGAUAUAUGUUAUCAAAAUCAAAUGGCUUUUAAAGUAAUAUAAGUUUUUUUUUAAUUUAACAUUUAAAUAGCAUAGAUCAAUAAUAUUUCAGUUAAAGAAUAUCUAUUGAAAUUGACUGCAUAAUCUUUGAAAGAAUUAUCUAACUUUAGAGUUUAAAACACAUUUUAAAUAACAUACUUUGAAACAGUGUGUAAAUGUUGAAAUACUAGUUUGACAUGGUUUCUUUUUUUAAAUGCUUAGCUUUGAUAUCAUUUAUAUUAUACCAUCAUUAAAUAUAUCAAUAUACAAAUAUUAUAUCAACAUUAAGUUUGUCAUUGGAUUUGUUUGAUGGUUCAAGUAUUUUGAUUAAAGCACAAUAUAUGUU